GUCAGGCGCUUGAUUAAUCGUCAACAGUCUCAUAUUACGCGAUUUUGUUCGUUUUCUUUGUAAUCUGUGUUCAAAUUAUCUAGCACUACACUUUCACAUGCUGGAACAUACGAUUUAUUUAUCCAAAAAUGAUAUAAAAGUCUAGCUACAGGAUGCAAUGCGAUUAGUUAGAAGUUUCAUAAGGCAAAUAAAAGUAAUUUCAACCAACUGCGUUCAUUUACCAAAACGAAGGAUGUCAUCAAAUGUGCUGGUGGAUACUGCCGCCUCUAUGAUUAAAAAAUCUCCUAAUGAUAAAAGGGAUUACAGGUUUGUUGUUUUGGAUAAUGGUCUGCGUGCACUGCUGAUCUCUGACUUGGACGGCGCACAGGAGCCUGAGGAUGAUAACGACUCCGAUGACAUGGAAACUGAUGCUGAGAGUGAAGGGAGCGAGAUGGAGGAGGAAGAUGGAGAGUCCGAGGGAGAGAUGAGUGACGCCGAAGAUGUUGACGAUACACAAGCGUCUGAGAAAAUGUCAGCAGCUGCGCUGUGUAUAGGAGUGGGGAGUUUCUCAGACCCUGAUGACAUCCAGGGAUUCGCACACUUCCUAGAACAUAUGGUGUUCAUGGGAAGUGAAAAGUACCCUAAGGAAAAUGCGUUUGAUGACUAUUUGUCAAGACAUGGUGGCCACACAAAUGCCUGGACAGACCAUGAAAGAACUAAUUUCUACUUCGAUGUUGAUCGUGACUAUUUCCGGAAGUCCCUGGACCAGUUUGCCCAAUUCUUCGUGAACUCGCUCCUUCUAAAGGAUGCUGUUGACAGGGAAAUACAAGCUGUUGAUAGUGAGUUCCAGGAGCGGGUUCCCAGCGAUGAUGACCGUCUGUGUCAGAUCAUGGCUGAUACGGCUAAACCUGGUCAUCCCAUGUCCAAAUUCCUCCUAGGGAACCUUGAGAGUCUGAAGAAGAUGCCAGAGGAGAAGAACAUCGAUGUGUACGGACGACUGCGGGACUUCUAUGAGCGCUAUUACACGGCACAGUACAUGACCCUGGCUGUACACUCAAAACAUAACCUUGACAAGUUGGAGAAGUGGACCCGAGAAAGCUUCUCUGGAAUCCGUAACAAUAAGGAGCCACCUGUCACUUUCCAUCAAAUGAAAGAGCCAUUCGAUACUGAUGCCUUCAGAAAGAUAUACAAAGUGAUAGCGGUGACGACCACACACAAGCUGUAUGUGACCUGGCCCUUCCCUCCCCUACAGGCCAAAUACAGACUGAAGCCCCUGGAGUACAUCUCGUCUCUCAUGAAUCACGAGGGAGAAGGAAGCAUCUACUCAUAUCUCAAAAAAAGAAACUGGGCGUUUGGUGUGUUGGGGGGCAACUCUGGUGACGGUAAUGAUAUGAACACCACAUGGUCAGGAAUGGACAUGUGUAUCACGCUGACUGACACUGGUAUCAAACAUGUACAUGAGGUGCUGCAGGUGAUAUUCUCUUACAUCAGGCUGCUGAAGGACGCCGGCACCCAGGAGUGGUUCUACCGGGAACUCCAGCUGACCGAGGACAACAAGUUCAGAUGGAAGGAACAGGGUGACCCAACAGAAUAUGUUGAGAAGAUGGCAGACAACAUGCAGCUCUAUCCUCCGAGGGACUUCCUCACCGGCCACAGGCUACUGUUUCAGUAUGAUUCACAGGUGUUGUCAGACUGCAUGGAUAACCUUCGUGCAGAUAACUGUAACGUGAUGAUCCUGUCCAGCGACCUGACAGAGGCUGACUGCCCACAUCGGGAAGGCUGGUUUGGCUCAAAGUACAACAUGGAAGAUAUAACUCCAGAACUCAGGCAACAGUGGACUUCUGAACUUGGAGCGACUCAAGCAGAACUUUACCUGCCCAGACCCAACCAGUUUCUCUGUACUGACUACACAGUGAAGGAAGUCCCGCCCUCGGAACAGACCCCACUACCCGCCCUUGUGUCAUCCAGUUCCCAGCACAAACUGUUCUUCAAGAAGGACAACAAGUUCCUUGUACCAAAAGGUUAUGUAAAGUACCAUCUAAGAAGUCCAGUUGUGUUUGAAAGUGCUAAAAGCUUGGCCCUGUUUGACGUGUUUGUGUCGAUUCUGUACCACAACCUGUCUGAGCCGACAUACCCCGCUCUCAUGGCCGGAUAUGAGAUCCUGUGUGCUGCUGACUCCACACAGUCUGGGCUCACCAUCACUGUGGAUGGUUUUGACCAUAAAAUCAAGGAGGUGUUGAUGCUUAUUGUUGAUCUGCUGGUGGGGUUUUCCUGCAGUGAGGAGAUGUUCACAGCCAUGAAGGCAGAGGUAAAGAAAGGAUACCACAACACUGUCAUCAAACCACAGGAGGCGGCCAGCAUGUUGCGGUGGCAGUUGUUAGAGCCGUGCUACAUGAGUCACCUGGACCGCUACCAGGUGGUGGACACCCUCACCAGGGACAGCCUUAUGGAGUUUGUACACAGCUUUCUACACAGGAUCACCGUAGAGGCUCUCGUUAUGGGCAACUUUACACAGAAGGAGGCCAUAUGUUUACAUGAGGAUGUGACAGGUAGACUGCCGCUCCAGACCUGCUCUGAUGAACCUGUCUUCCAGGAGCAUGACCUGGUUGUGUCUCUUCCCACCCAGCUUUCAUAUUGCCAGACCCUAGGGCUUAACCCUGAGGGUACGAUGUCAUAUCUCGUGAACUACUAUCAGAGUGGGCCCGGCAGCCUGAGAACUACCUGUCUCAACAGUGUCCUAAAGGGUCGGAUGUACGAGCCAUGUUUCGACACCUUACGGACAAAGAAGCAGCUGGGAUACACGGUAGAGUGUAUUAACUUCCUCACAUACGGCAUUAUGGGGCUUGGGAUAUGUGUGGAGUACCAGGCUAGCAAGUUCAGUGAGUCUUAUGUGAACGGGGAAGUGGAGGGAUUUCUGGUGGAGAUGCGUGGAAUACUCGACACCAUGACCGAUGAUGAAUUUCACACCAUGAUCGAGAGCGAGAUAACAGCACGGCGCACAGAGGACACGUGCCUGGAGGAGGAGGUCGGGAGAUACUGGGCUGAGAUUCUCAACCUGACGUAUGUGUUUGACAGGCCGGCUGUUGAGAUUGGCGUUAUCAAGACGUUUACAAAGCAGGAUCUGGUAGACUGGUACACCCAACAAUACCUAGGGAAUUAUCAACGCAAAGUCAGCAUACAGGUUGUUGGAAAGCAGAGCCAGAGGCUUGCCGAGUGUAAGCAUCUUGAGGAUACAGAUCACACGGUCAAGUGUCUGGUUGACCCGGAUCAGGCGGGAGCUGUUGCCAUAGAGAAUAUUCAGAAAUUUAGGAACUCUCUUAAAACUUUUCCUUAUACAAAAAUUACUACUUGAUGCGAUUGCGUUUUCUAGUCAUCUUUAAAAUUGAAAUUUUUUGUUAGUUGCUUUUGAACUAUCGUUUGAAUGGAUUAGAUAAAUUUAUGACAAUGGCAAUAAAAUGACUAUAUGAAUGAA